AUGACGGCCCAGAUUGGCAAUUGCAACGACGAUUUGUCUGUAUUUCGGCAGCCCGAGGACUUUUACACCCAGGAUUCCCGUUUUCUGGCCUGCUCGGAGCCCAUCUCCCGCCAUAUGAGCUCAGAGGGCUCCUUCUCAUUAUCUACACCAGCAUCGCCAAUGCUGGGCACCAGCUUCAACUCCUUCUAUACACUGCAAGCCAGCUCACCCGGAAGUCCCAUGUUUUCUCAGCUGCAGGACAUGCCAGGUGCUGGCGUUGGCUCUCCAUACAGCACGCAAAGUGUCACGACGAGCUGCGAAGGGCACUCCCCGAUGACUGUGGCGGAGGACUUCACAGGCGAAUCGCCCAAGGGGCGCGACUACCCAGUGGUGUGCCUGUUUCCCGGUUGCGACACCAAGCCCUUCAAACGCCGCGCAGACCUCGAUCGCCACUACAAGCACAAGCACGCACCAGCGUCGCAAAAAGACUCGUACUUUUGCGACUACCCAAAGUGCGCGCGUCGCCGAGACCCUUUUCAUCGCCGAGAUCACUUCCGUGACCAUCUGCGCGAGUUUCACAAGGAGGUUAUCGAGAAGCGUGGCGGCUCGGUCAGCGAGGAGUGGCUUGAGGACCGCAACGUGUCGUCGACGUGGUGGCGAUGCGCCAAGUGCCUCGUACGCAACUACAUCGAGCAGAGCGGCUACGAGUGCCCCAAAUGCAAGACGACAUGCCAGGCUAAGCGCAAGGAGCUGCGCAUGCGUGAUUGA